AUGGAUCCGAAUGGAAAGCAGCACUUCGACUUCAGAUCGAGGCGCUUGCCAGACGUAAUGAUCUCCAUCGACGAUGUAAUCGGGAUUCAAUUCGCUCGCGCACAGCGGAUAUGGAUAUUAGGAUUGUCAAAUACGAAGAAAUACGUUGUCGCGUCAGAUGCUAACUAUGCAGCACAAUUCUAUUUAGAAUGCGUUUGCCAUGCAGAUGAGACGGAACGAAUAUUGAACAGGACCUCAUCUCGAGAUAAGAAGCGCAGGAAACCUAAACCAUUCCGUGAUACUUUGUCUACAAUUAGCCUCCUACCGUUAUAUCCGUACCAAGUA